GAAGCUCCCCCCUUUUUGCCUCAAAAUCGAUUACUAAAGUACCUUCGAUCUUCAAAACCCACUGAACCGGUUUAGACUCGCUGAGUAAGUCAAUCCUUUCGCGAGAUGGAGAACGGGCACCAAUCCUUUGACUUCAAAGAAGAGGACGAGUUGACUGAAUAUGCAGCUGGUAAUUUUGUGACGAAGUAUCAUAACCCUAAUCAUGAUAAUUAUGGGGUUUUGAAGUACGAUUUACUUGAAUGCGUUGCCCCAGGAACCGAUGUUCAGAAACAAGGAAUUGGCGGUGUGCUUUGUGUAAAUGUUGAUGCUGUUGACUCUGAUCCUAGCUGUGACAAUGGAAAUACAUAUACCUCCAUGGAUACAGAUAGAGAGGAUUUUGUUAACAGAGCUACCUUAGUGAAUUCUACAAGUUGUGAAGAAAACCCUUCUUUCAGAAAGGAUAAUUGUGGGACUGAAAUUUUCUCUUGUGAGAUGGUCUCUGGAGAUUCAUUCCAUCGGGAACCUUUACCUGGGAAAAGCCAUUUCAAUUGUGGCUAUUCAGAUUCUCCAUCAAAUGGUGAACCAGUUGCUGUGAAUUCUGAUGUGGAAGGAAGUAUGGAUGAGGGUUCUCCUUUGAGUCCUUUUUCUGAUACUAUGGAAGAAAAUGCUUGUUGCAUAACUUCAGCUGCUUUAAAUGGUCAUGUGUCAGAUCAUUGCCUUGAUGAUAUGGAAAUGGAUGACACGAACAUGACAGUUGUUAUAUGUCCUGAUUAUGUUGUGUAUCGGGAUGAUCUUUGUUCGGUGUGCCAUAUAACUUUCUCUUGCACUGGUAUUAAAAUCAAGAAUUCAACUGCAAGUGAAAAUCAAGGAAGGUAUAGUUGGGGAAUUGAUGAUAUUGUAGAUAUUGAGUGUCAGUGGUUUCAAAAGGUUGCGUCAGUUGUGGUUAAGCUUCACUUACUAUCUAAGAAUUCAAUCCAAGAUGAUGAUGAUUCAAAGGGAACUUCAGGCAUUGAGGAGUUGAAGUUUGCAGUUAUUGAGCAGAACUGGUCUGAGAAACAGGAAAAAAUCACCUCAUUAAACGAUAAAUACAGGGCUGUAUGGAACAUUGUGUUUGACGGUCUUGCGGAAACGAAUGGAAAUGAUGUCUUUGAACGGAGGCAAUAUUUUCCCAACGAAUCGUGUUACAGUUUUGAUGAGCCUUUUGAAGAUGUAAUCUAUCCAAAAGGGGAUUCAGAUGCAGUUUCAAUUAGCAAGAGAGACGUUGAUCUCUUACAACCAGAAACAUUCAUCAAUGAUACAAUCAUUGACUUUUAUAUCAAGUAUUUGAAGAAUCAGAUUCAAGCUGAGGAAAAGCAUAGAUUUCAUUUUUUUAACAGCUUUUUCUUUCGAAAGCUUGCGGAUUUGGACAAAGAUCCAUCCAGUAUUUCUGAUGGCAAGGCUGCUUUUCUACGUGUUCAUAAGUGGACAAGAAAAGUAGACGUAUUUGGAAAAGAUUACAUUUUUAUUCCUGUAAACUUCAAUUUACACUGGAGUUUACUAAUCAUAUGUCAUCUUGGUGAAGUGGCCACUUUUAGAGAUGAAGACAUGGACAACUCAGAGAAGGUACCAUGUAUUCUGCAUAUGGAUUCUAUAAAAGGAACUCACGCAGGUCUCAAAAAUCUUGUUCAAAGUUACCUAUGGGAGGAGUGGAAAGUGAGACACAAAGACACAUCGGAAGAUAUUUCUUCAAAAUUCUUGAAUAUGCGGUUUGUCCAACUUGAGCUGCCACAGCAAGAAAAUUCAUUUGAUUGUGGCCUGUUCUUGCUGCACUAUCUUGAGCUCUUUCUUGCUGAAGCUCCUGUUAAUUUCAGCCCAUUCAAAUUAACCAAGUUUUCUAACUUUCUUAAUGUUGAUUGGUUUCCACCCUCCGAGGCUUCUCUUAAACGUACUCUUAUACAGAAAUUGAUAUUUGAACUUCUUGAAAAUCGCUCUCGGGAAGUGACAUCAGAUGUUUGUCAUAAUGAACACCAAUCCUCUAGAUUUCCCAAAAACAGUGAGAAUGAAACAGGUGGGGAUUAUGUAUCAGAAAGAUGCUGUUCUUCAAUAGCUCAACAUGGAAAUUUAUCAAAUUCACAGACUAGUCGGGGCAUUGAAAUCACUCUAUUGGGAGCAGCUUCUGCAAGGAAUUUGCAGUGUGUUAACGAUUCUGGCAUGGUUCUCAGGGAGUUUUUUGAGCCUGGAGCUACUGCAGGAGCAUUACUCACACAGUUUCAAUCUUUUGGCCAGCCAUCUUCUUAUUACCCUCUCAAUGGUGCUAUAUCAGCAAAAGAGGAUGAUGUAGAAACAGGUGAGGAUUUUGGGUAUUUGCCUUCUGGGGAAAAUAGUUUUCAGCAAAUAGCUGAACUCACUGCUCAAGCUAGUACCAUCCCGUAUCCAUCUAGAGGUUUUGGUACAGAGGUUUCAUGGAACCAGGAGAUCCCCAUGCAAGGAGAGCAAGAUGUUGACUCAUCCCCAGAGACAUCAUUGUGUGCUUCCGAUGACUCAGAAGAUGUGGGGAUAAUUGAACAUAAUCCGCUUCCAGAGGAUGCCAGUCAAAGUCUUGUAGAGAGAACAGAUCAACGCAGAUCCAUAUCUCUGAAUAUUGGUUAUUUGACCGGAGGCCUGGCUUCUGUCUCUGGCGCAAUGCUGCAGACAUCGACAAUUGAAGGUUCUCCAGAGCCUGAUAAAACACUUGAUAGUAUAUUAAAUAUAGGCCCUUCCUCCGGCGAGAAAUUCCGACUACCUCAAUGCCUGAGGACACUAAUUCAGUUGAAAACAGGUUGCAUCAAGAGUCUGAAAUGGAUGAAAAUAGAGAGUUUGCAAGUGAUGAAGUGGAAGUUAUUGAUGAUGAAAUUCUUGCAGUAUCAUAUGGAGAGCAACCUGCAAAAAGGCCACGGCUCUCUUCUAUUGAGGAGGAAGGAGUCGUCACCGGAGGCUUGUCGAAAGAUCUCCAUUUGUGACACGUGUAGAUGGCUUUUGUCUUUCUCACCACCUUUUACCUUAACAUAAGAAAUUCAUGUGAAUAGUGGACUGGUAGCUCUGUUGUCUGCAUUAGCGCAGAAUGAGCUAUUGGGGAGUAGGGAGAUUGCUUCAGUACAGCAGUUUUUUUGUUAUGAUUAACAUGAAAUCAUUUAAGUCGUGUCUGUCAAUCUUAAUUGAAAAAAUAUAUAAUUAUAGAGUA